CCAGCAGCUUCUUGCUUUCACAGGACAGGAAGCCUGAGGGAGAAUUCGCACUGGAUGAAGAGAGUUUCCUGAAGCCGAGUGUAUUCCAGGAACGGUAACCCAAAUGUUUCUCUGUCCGUGGAGUAUAUCUCCCUUUUGAAGUGACUUCGACUGAAGCUAGGUGUGUCCCAUCACCAUGUUCUGGAAGUUCGAUCUGAACACAACAUCACAUGUGGACAAGCUGCUGGAUAAAGAGGAUGUGACGCUCCACGAGCUGAUGGACGAAGAUGACAUCCUACAGGAGUGCAAGGCGCAGAACCGCAAGCUGCUGGACUUCCUCUGCCAGCAGCACUGCAUGGAGGAGCUGGUCAACCUCAUCACACAUGAGCCCCCCGUGGACAUGGACGAGAAGGUCCGCUUCAAGUACCCGAACACGGCCUGCGAGCUGCUGACCUCCGACGUGCCGCAGAUCAACGACAAGCUGGGCGGCGAUGAAACUUUGCUCAACAUCCUCUACGACUUCCUGGAUCACGAGCCGCCGCUGAACCCGCUGCUUGCCAGCUUCUUCAGCAAGACCAUCGGGAAUCUCAUUGCCAGGAAAACCGAGCAGGUGAUUGCCUUUUUAAGGAAAAAAGACAAGUUUAUUAGCCUGGUGCUAAAGCAUAUAGAUACGUCAGCGAUGAUGGACCUCCUGCUUCGUCUCAUCAGCUGCGUGGAGCCAGCCACUCUACGGCAAGAAGUAUUGAAUUGGCUUAAUGAGGCAAAAAUUAUACAGAGACUUGUGGAGCUGAUCCAUUCAAGCCAGGACGAGGACAGGCAAUCCAACGCUUCCCAGACCCUGUGCGAUAUCAUCAGAUUGAGCAGAGACCAGAGCAACCAGCUCCAGGAGGUCCCCGAGCCCGAUCCCCUCCUCACAGCACUGGAGUCGCAGGAAUGUGUGGAGCAGCUCCUGAAGAACAUGUUUGAUGGAGAGCAGACUGAAAAUUGCAUAGUGAAUGGAACCCAGGUUCUUCUAACCCUGCUGGAAACGCGGCGCUCUGGAGUGGAAGGACUGAUGGACUCAUACACUCAGGGAUUUGAAAGGUCUUACACUGUCAAUAGCAGCAUUUUAUAUGGCAUUGAACCAAGGCUAAAGGAUUUCCACCAGCUGCUGCUCAGCCCUCCCAAGAAAACAGCAAUCCUGACUACAAUUGGGGUCUUGGAGGAGCCGUUGGGGAACGCUCGUCUUCACGGAUCUCGGCUAAUAGCUGCUCUGCUUCACACAAACACUCCCAGUAUUAAUCAGGAACUAUGCAGACUCAGUACCAUGAACUUAUUACUUGACUUAUUUUUUAAAUACACGUGGAAUAACUUUUUGCAUUUCCAAGUGGAAUUGUCCAUAGCAGCUAUUCUCUCGCACUCUGUACAAGAGGGAAAAACUACUACUAAUGACGCAGAGGGCAAGGAAGAGGUGGUGAAUGGAAAUGCGGCCACAGAGAGCCUGGAGACUCCAGAGAACAACCCCGAAAACAUCAUGGUGACUCAUCUGUUCCAGAAAUGCUGCCUAGUGCAAAGGAUAUUGGAUGCCUGGGAAGCCAAUGACAAAAUACAGGCGGAAGGAGGGAUGCGGCGCGGGAACAUGGGCCACCUCACCCGGAUAGCCAACGCCGUCGUGCAGAACAUGGAGAAGGGCCCCAUGCAAACGCAAAUCAGCGAAUUUAUUAAAGAGCUACCUGAAGAUUGCAGAGGGAGAUGGGAGAGUUUUGUAGAAGAGACACUGACGGAAACGAACAGGAGGAAUACAGUGGAUUUGGUGAGCACUCAUCAUCUGCACUCUUCCAGCGAGGAUGAAGACAUCGAGAGUGCUUUUCCCAAUGAACUCUCUCUGCAGCAGGCCUUCUCAGAGUACCAGAUCCAGCAGAUGACAGCAAAUUUUGUGGAUCAGUUUGGCUUUAAUGAUGAGGAGUUUGCAGACCAGGAUGAUAAUAUCAAUGCUCCUUUUGACAGGAUUGCAGAGAUAAACUUCAAUAUAGAUGCAGACGAUGACAGUCCCAACGCUUCCCUCUUCGAAGCCUGUUGCAAUGAGCGGAUCCAACAGUUUGAUGAUAAUGAGGAGGAGGAAGAUAUCUGGGAAGAGAAGGAGAUAACCUAUGCAACCCAAGUUAAAUCAAGGACAAGGUUCGGAGCGUCUCAGACCUCGGAGAGCUCGUCGAAAAGCGACCUUGAGAACGGCGACCACGACGGCAGCGUGGACUCGGAGGAGGAGGAGGAAGCGCAGCAGCAGUUGCCUCCUUCCUCGCCAAACACCAACAAGAACAGCACCUCGGAGCAGAAAGACUCCGGCUCUUCCGAAGGCUCUGGGUGGACUGCUGUGUUCGAGCCGGUGAACUCCAAGCCCCCGACGCCCUGCGUUGCCAUGGACGUUGGCUCCAGCGUGUGGGAUUCAGCCGCCCCCGAGAACACGGCGCCCGAGGAGAAAGGAUGGGCAAAAUUCACAGACUUCCAACCUUUCUGUUGCUCUGAAUCGGGUCCACGAUGCAGUUCUCCUGUGGACACAGAGAGCAGCGAUUCAGAUGGAAACCCAAAGCAGAGUCAGGACAAGAACUCCAGUGCUGCGUCUCCGUGCGUCUGGAACGUGUGCGUCACCAGGAAAGCGCCGCUCGUGGCUUCCGACAGCAGCUCCUCGGGAGGCUCGGACAGCGACGAAGAGGACGACAAAGCUGACACCGUCACGGAAACCAUCAGCACAGGCUCGGGCCAGGAGACCAUCAAGCUGACGAUGGAUGCCAAGAACGAGAAGGCCGUUUUCACGAGUGAGGCGGCCUGCGUGGUUCUCGACAAGCUGAGCAUCUCGGACGUGGCGACCACAAAAGCCUCCAAGACCCUGAGCGCAGCCCAGCACGCCGAGGAGCACCAGAACCCCCCAACCGCGGCCGCCGGCACGGCCGGCCCCGAAACGGCGCCCAAAGACAGGAAGGAAGAAGUCUUGCCCUGUGCUGAAGCCACAUUAAAUGGCCCUGCUUGAUGAAACAAAUGCAAUGGGACGUGUGUGAUCCAGGCCAGGCUGCUACCUGGUGAUGCAAUUUGUCAAUUUUUUUUUUUUCAUUUUAAUUUUAUUUUUUAAUAAAUGCUGCAUUGAUGAGAGAGCUGGCAUUCAGGACCAGACAUGCAGUUUCAACACCAACGAUCUGUUCUGAAAGACACUUGCAUUGUCUAAAUGUAGCAUUGAUCAGUUAGUCAUCACAGGAAUGAUGGGGUUCUUCCCAAGCAAGCCUUCUGCCUAAUUUUAGUUCUUUGUCCCCUUCCCUCUCCCCCUUAUUUUUGUUUUGUAUUUGGGGUUCAGUCCUAUUUUCGUAGUGUUAUUGCACACAGUAUUCAGCUUCUCUUCAGAAAGGUAGCAGGUCUUACGCUGGGACUUGGACAGUGCACAAAGCGUCCCGCAGUCGUGUGACCAAAGUUCCUGAUGGAGCUGUCUUUGGGCAGCAUUUGCACCGCUUUUGUAUAGCAAUAAAGCCUUAUCAGAAACAUUUCAUAGGAGGAAAAGAUGCAAACACUUUAAACGGGAUGAAGCAGGGAGGGAAUUUAUUUUACGUUUCUGUGGGGUGGGAGGGAAGUCACUGACAUUGUCCCAAGCCAGAGGCCAGCUAGUUAUCUUCCUGUAAUGCUGGACCGUCGUAAGGAACGGGAAGUGUCUGCAU